UUAAAGUUACAAGGAUUUCAGAUAAGAGAAUUUAUUAAUUCUCUUUCCUAAGCUUGACUGACAUGUGGCUGCAAAUAUGGCGGAGCAUGGCUUUGCUCCUUCUAAUAGCAAUCACAACUAGAGCCGCCUAUAGGGAUCACGAUGUGUUGCAUUUGAUGAAUCUACAAGUGUACAUGAAUAGCGAAGUGCCAUAUGGAAAGGAGACGUUUGUGGUGAUGGCCAUGUCCGUAUUUCCAAGAGAUACCGUACGACUACGUCUUUACGCAAAGAGCUACCUGUUGGCCUAUCUUCUGCUCAGUGCUGAUGAACAGACAAUGCCACCUAAGUUCGAGAAGACGCGCCGCAUUAGCAAUGUUUUGAAGGAGCUUCAAAUAAAACCACCACAACCUGUGCUUUACGAAACUGCAUAUUUUGCAAAAAUUGCAUCAAUAUUCUGGGAUACUGACGACGAUCUAAUGACUCUGACGGCAGUGAUUCCUAAAAAACCUAUGAUCCCCGAAGUUACUGUAGAGGUUGCUUUUAAGGUUACUCUGCCUAAUUACUGUGUUCCAUUGUUAAAGAUGAUUCAUUGCGGCGUUGCCCAGAAUCCCCAGGAAGUUAUCCCAACUCGCAGCACAUCAAUUACUACGAUAUUCAAGGAGAAAUGCAAAAUUCAUAAUGUGACAUUAACGUGGACCAUUUACGAUCUGUCCGAGACGGAAUUAUUGUAUUCAAUUCGGAAUCAACGCAUGAUUUUUACUUUAAAGCGUUUCAGCCUGACUCAAGUGCCAGCUGCUCAUGAGCUCUGGCGAAAUCUUUUCGUGAUCAAACCUCAGGGCGUCUAUGAAGGCAUUCCCUUCAUGGCCCGUUGCUAUGUGGAAAUGGUACAAUCCAAGGUCGAGGCAAUUAUUCACGGUGGUCGACAUCGCGAAGCGAAUGUAGCAGACGCACUUUUAAUGGAUGGAUCAUCUAGUCGCGAUUACUCUAAGCCCAAGAAGAUUCGACAAUUUAAAGCUUAUCACUGGACCUGUACAUCAGAAGACGAUUAUACAAAUCGGCUUUGUAGAUCGCCAAUGGGGUUUAAAGGCUCAAAACUUGUAAUACCCAGGGAUAAAUUUCUUGUCAACUGUCAAUACGAUUUCACAUUGACGGUGGCUGCCAAUAACAAUCGAAUGAUCAAGUCAAAGGCAUCCCAGUCGGUACAAAUGGUUAACUACGGAGUACUGCAUGUGUCGAUUGUUUGCAUGUCGAAUUGCGCCAACCGUCAAUACAAUCCAUUAAAUAAGGUGCGCCUUAGGGCCAGGUGCCUGAAUUGUGGCACUCAGACCAUCAAAUAUGCAUGGUAUGUUGGCGACCAGUAUACCCUCAGCUCUGAGAAUAUGACGAUGCAUGUGCGUACGAUGGGAACGAUGGCCAACAUUAAGGUAGUCUUGCAGCUGGAAGAUGGACGCAAGGGAGAGGAUCAGACGGACCUAAUGAAGACAGUGGUUCCUGUUGGCGGCACGUGUGAAGUGAACCCAAAAGCCGGAGUUGAGGCCAGGACUCCUUUUUUUGUCUGUUGCAGCGACUAUGUAACUGACCAUAAACCCAUCGAGUUUUUCUAUUAUGCCGAUCGUGUGUUGCUCAACAAAUGCUUGCAAUGCAAUUGCCCAGUGCAUCUGCCACAUAAUGUGAAUCAGAUCAAGGUGCUGAUAUGCGAUAGCUUGCUUACGUGCCGCACGAAUUUCGUGGAUGUAGAAGUGACGCCACUUGAAGAUCCUGUAAUCGAUACCCCAGAGGAGAUAUGGCAAUACAUCACAGAGGAGCCGAACGAUAUUGUAGACAUGAUGGAUCGUGGUUUAAAUAUGCAAUUUUACCAGACACUCGAAUCGUUGGCUUGCCGCCUCAAUACUGCUGAAGGUGGUGAGGUAUUGAUGCGAGCCUUUGAGAACGCUUAUCCCGAAUCUCUGAUUACGCUCGGCAAGUUGGCCAACUUAACGCAAACCUUCGGUAAGAGGUUUACGCCCAUUAAUAUCCGGGAGCAUAACUUGUUGACCAAAACGUUGGCCAAACUAAACGAAAACUUUCAAACACUGUACAACAAUAGAGGGCGAAUAGAGAUGACUGAGCAGCCAUAUAUUAAUGUGACUGUUGCUUGUGUCACCGUCUACGAGAUGAUGGAUCGCAUUAAUCGGAAAAUUCCACGUCCACCGCAACAUAUAUACGAUGAAUAUCGCAAAGCAAUCAAUGAAAAUAAACUGCAACAGGAUGUUAUUGAUCGACUCAGGGAGGAGAUAAAUGCUUUCGACGAUGAGGAGGCUAAGAACCGUUCGCUACGCUGGUUGAAUGCCAAGUGGGAAACGGAACGGCUCUAUCGAUUCCUAGACUUGGCUCGACAACAUGGUUUGCAAGGGGAUCCCUCUGAAGUAGGUUUGGAGGCCGUUUCCCUAGAAAUUCAGUGUUUUUAUAUUGAAGCAAAUCGCCACUACAAUAUCAAGACUAGCGAUAGCAUGCACGUUGUGUUUUUCUCACCCGAACUAUUGCAGGAAACCAAGGAACCUGAGACCAAUUACAUUUGCCUUAAGGUCCUCUCGACAACACGCGAACUUUAUUGGUGGUACCCAGAGGAGAAGCAACCCAGUGCCGUGCUGCUCUCUGUGCGCAUCUAUGUGUAUGAAGACGAGUUCAAGGAGGAGCGCCGCUUAUCCGACAGCGACAUUCGAUUCGUGACUACUGUGGGCAAGUACAAACCAGCCCUGGACAAAAACGACUCUAUUAGUGCAGGUGCCAAAUAUAUGACAAAGAUAAAUGUAAAAAGUGACAUGACGGGUGACCUAGGCAUAGACUUUAGCCAGAAUGUCGCACGUAGUCAGGCGGUGGAGGAGGACGAUGACCUCAUCUUCCCGUCGGAUGAUACCAAGCCUCAAAAUAAGGGCCGUAAACCUAGUUUAGAUGAUGAGGAGGAUGAAUAUGUGAUCUCGGAUGCGGGAAGAUUUAUUCACUGUCUGGAGUCGGGCACAGUGAGCUACAUGCAACAGGUGCGCCUGUAUCGCGUUAGUAUUGAGGGCCAUGCGAUGGUAACGGUGCGCUUUAAGGAGUCAUCACAUGAACUGCAAGUGCUGCUCUACAUCGGGGCGAGACCAAGAUCAUGGAGGGAUAAAGUGUCCAAGGCCAGUUGCUUUGUGCCCUCCAAUUCAAGCAACAAGAUCAUGCUCAUUCGCAAUAAAUGCCCUGAAACCAAACGGGCCUAUAUGGCAUUCCAGAUCAAUGGUGCAGGGGAUUACCAUGAAGACGAAGACACGCCGGUGCCCAAUGGUCCGGCUAGCUAUGCAUUUGUAUUCCAGGAGCGCAGCUGUGAUUAUUGGAAAUACAGUUUGUCAGAGAGCUCGCAGCACUGGUCCCACGACCAAUGCUAUCCCAUACUGGAGUUCCAAAAAAAGGGCACUCUCCAUUGCGAAUGCACUGUGCUCGGCACCUAUACCAGCUAUGUAUAUCACAUCCCAGCCACUGCAGUGCCAUUGGACGCGGAUCGUAUAGACAUGAAUAUGGUGUUGCUUGUUUUCUAUAUCGUAAUCUUUACACUGAUUUUCAUUGGGCUGCUGGUGCUGGUCAUUUGGUUCAAUAAGCGUCCCACCAAGGCGGUCAUUUGUGAUAUGAGCGGCUUGAACACAGAAUCUGGUCGGGAUGUACAUGAUCUAUUGAUAUUUGUGAAGACUGGUGGACGCAUCAAUGCCCAAACUACGGCCACGGUGCGUCUCAUCUUUCAGACCACUCAACGGGCCGAAUUACAGUUCACAAUCAUGCAGGAUCCAGAGCAUCCUCAGCUAACUCGGAAUUCCACGUACGUGCUUCUGAUUCGUACACGUGACAUUCGUAUUCCAACUCGAAUUGCGGUUGCUCACAACAAUGCGGGACGCUAUCCUAGCUGGUUUCUGCGACGCAUCGAGUUGGUGGAUCUGCAGCAUCAGAUGAGCCAAGUGUUUAUAGUCAAUCGAUGGGUGCGCCAGAAGUUUCUCAUCCUCAGCUCGUCGAUGGUUCUUAGGUUUGGAGACAAUCGCGUAGUCGAGAAGUGGCGCGAAAGAUUCUUAUCCUCGUUCGAAGUGUUGUGGAUCAAUUGGGGGCUUUGGCAUCCGUUGACCGGGAAAUGGCGAGAUAGCAAGUCCUGCAACAGUUUGUCGCGAUCCCAGCGAGUUUGCGUAUUUGUAAGUAAGAUGAUGGUCAUCUACUGCAUUGUAGUCUGUUUGUUUGGACAUUCGUCGCGGCAUUCCGUCUAUGAGGAUCGCAAAAUUACCAUAAAGGGCAAAGAUGUAUUGACAAUGUUCAUCUAUUGUUCCAUUGCCACAAAUUUAGUUCACUUUAUUUUCGUUUCAAUUAUUCUAUCAAAUUAAUCGAGCACUUAAAUUUUUAAAGUAUGUAAGUAUUUGUGUUUAUACAAAAAUUUUAAUGUAUUUAUUUCGAAAAAUAAUAAUUUACUUUUGCAAGAAUUCAAAA